GAUUCAGUGCAACUAUAUUCCUGUGUGAUAUGUUACCAUCAUGUUUAAGCUAAUUGUUGAAAAUGCCACUUAUCCAUUUCGUUUCUUUGAUAUAUAAGCCAUUUCUAUAUAAAUCUAGAUUCAAUGCUUCAUAUAUGAUUGCUGUAUAUGCAGAACAGAAAGAAAAACUAAGAUUUUGUGUUUGUGAUGUCUUGAUAUUAUAGUUAGUCACACUAGUUUUGGCACUAGUUGGUGUUCUUAAAAGUUUUAUUGAGAUGCCAGAGAACAAAAAAAUUCCUGAUUUUUCUUUUAUUCCUUUUGGGUAGAUUGAGGAUGUUGCCGGAUCAGAAAUUAGUUUUGUACCUCUAUCGAGUUUUUGUUUCCUUGUCUUGUGAUUUUGAGUGCGUGUUUGGAAAGUCCAUAAAAUCUCAUUAAACAAAGCCAUAACUUGUAGGGUGGAAAUAGAUCCACAUUCGAGAGGAUUUGAUGCCAAUCCAAAUGCACUUGAGUUGGUUGCCAGAGAUUCAUCUUAUAUUGUUAUGUGAGUAAUUUGAUAGAGUUGGAGUAAGACCUGAUCAUGAAAAGAAACUUAGCAGUGUAGAAUACCGGUUGAUGGGAUUUAAUCAAUCAUGGGGAAUAUAUUAGGAGAAUACUGCAGAGCAAAAAUUAGGAAAGUGUGUGAAUUUCAUGUUCAUAGAAGAUCAAGAGGUUGUGACACGAUGCAACUAGUUUUUGCUGGUUUUGGUUUGCUCAAGAUUAGUUCUAUAUCUGUUAAAAUUUGCACAUCACAUGGAUAUAACCCUAGCAAAACUGUUUCCUGUAAGAUGCUGUGUAGUCAGGUAGCAGAAAGAAAGAGAUUCAGAUAUAUUAGCUUGUUUGGUUGAGUUUGCACAACUCAAACGGGGAUUGGGUCAUUCAAAAUCAAUUUACACAAUUUUUCAUAAUGCUUGGGCGUUGCAUGUAAACAGGAGUUUGGUUGUCGAAUUGGUGUUUGAGUGGAAGCUAAAAAGGAUGCUUUCGUAGUGGAGUUAAUUGCUUUUCUUUUGUAUGUCAAAAUAACUUUGCUUCAAACUCACAGUUUAAUCAAAAUCAAUUUUAGGACAAGUGGACAACUAUUAAUCAAUCUUCAUGGAAGUAACAAACUAAUACGUAACAAAUACUCAGUUGACUCAUUAUCUGUGAAAUGCUAGCUUCAAACAUCCUAAAAGUGGCUUGUUUGUCAACUAGCGUAAUGGAAACUAACUAUUCUGUACGUUCUUUUAAAAGUUUUAACAGUUUAUAAGCCUUUGUUAAAAUGGCUUAUGUACUGUGUUGGAGUCAUGCAUGUUACUAGUUACUACUCUUCGACCUAUUAUUAUUUUCAAAUAAGUUCCCUUAACCAGCUUAGUCAUCCUUCUGCAGAUUCAAUAUCUAGAAUUGCUCCAAGCUCAAAGUACCGGAGACAAUCAAAAUGCAUCCUGCACAGAUCAUUUUGUAUGGAUCAACUUUAUGUGUCAUGAUAGCAGUGCACUUCUCUAUGAAGCUACUCGCACAACAUGUUCUAAACUGGAAGAAACCAACGGAGCAAAAGGCCAUAGUAAUUAUAAUCCUUAUGGCUCCAUUGUAUGCUGUGGACUCCUAUGUUGGUUUGAUAAACUUCUUUGGAAGUGAGGCAUUUUUUACAUUCUUGGAUUCAAUUAAAGAGUGUUAUGAAGCUCUGGUGAUAGCUAAGUUCUUGAGUUUGAUGUACAGUUAUUUGAACAUUUCCUUGAGUAAGAACAUAGUGCCAGAUUCGAUCAAGGGAAGAGAGAUUCACCAUUCCUUUCCAAUGACUCUUUUCCAGCCUCACACUACUCGUCUGGACCAUCAUACACUGAAGCUUCUAAAAAAUUGGACUUGGCAAUUUGUUGUUAUACGCCCAGUGUGCUCCAUCUUGAUGAUAACUCUACAGUAUCUUGAAGUUUAUCCCACUUGGGUCAGCUGGACAAUCACAAUCAUUCUAAACAUUUCAGUGUCAUUGGCACUGUAUUCUCUUGUUGUUUUCUACCAUGUGUUUGCCAAGGAGCUGGAACCACAUAAGCCUCUUGCCAAGUUUUUAUGCAUAAAAGGAAUAGUCUUUUUCUGCUUUUGGCAGGGAAUUGGGCUUGAACUCCUGGCAUCAAUGGGAAUAAUCAAAUCCCGUCAUUCCUGGCUAACUGUGGAACGUAUUGAGGAAGGCUACCAAAACAUUUUGGUCUGUGUUGAAAUGGUUUUCUUCUCUAUAUAUCAGCAAUUUGCAUAUAGUGCUGAACCAUAUAAGGUCAAUAACAAAAGUAGCACACCUUCAGAUAAAAAAUCAAAGUGAUUCCAGGACAUGAGUUACUGACUGUUGAGAUUCUAUGGACUUUCAAUCACUAUAGCUUAUUGCCUCUCCUUCGCGAGACAAUUAGUAAACAUUGGGGUGAGAAAAGCUAGUCUAUUGAAUAAGAUCCACAUACAUUGAUGCUACUUCUAUUGAGAUAGAAAGUUUUAUCAAGAGUUUUUCUUGGAUGUUCUGCUUUCAUUGGACUUUUUUCUCUUUUUCUUAACUCGUUGCAUAUUCAAUUCCGUUUG